AGUGGUGCUGUUUUUGAAGAUGAGUCCGGAAAUCCUGUCUAUGAAGAAGUUUUUGAAGAGGAUGUUGUCGUAGAAGCACUUGAAGAUUCGCGAUCUACUGAAUUUGCUCCAAACGAAAUUAUUCGUGUGGAAGAAGAGGAAGAGUCAACAAGCACAGGAAGUUCCGGCCGGGCGCUAAGACUUUUUGCAGUUCGAGAAGCUCUUGGCAUUCGUGAUCUCAUAACAGCAGUCGAUUGUUUGGUUACAAGUUCCGAUUUCUACAUGUCUGAAACGCGCAUGUCUGCAGUUCAUUUGGCUGAGUUACUCAAACAGGUGAGCGAAGCAACUUUGCUGUUACGCUCAGUGACAGAGAAGGUGAAAAAUUUACGUGAUAUGAGGCCGUUGCAAAUGAUCUAUGCAAAGAAUACACGGAGGCGCAAGCAACUGUGA